GGAAAACAAACAGGAAUAAUUGAUUCAUUUACCCGUGGUUGUGUUGUCAAAUUGUAAUGCUACCUAUGUUCCUAAAUUAAAAUAGUUCGAAAUGGAAGACGAUGCACCUGUUAUUUAUGGUCUUGAGUUCCAGGCCCGGGCGCUGACAGCACAGACAGCUGAGACAGAUGCCAUAAGAUUCCUCGUGGGCACACAGUCACUCAAAUUUGACAAUCAGAUCCACAUCAUUGACUUUGAUGAUGAGAAUAACAUCAUUAAUAAGAGCGUCCUCGUGCACCCUGCCGGGGAGAUAUGGCACAUCAGCGCCAGUCCUGCCGACAAAAGUGUGCUGACGACGUGCUACAACAAGACCAGCGAGAGCCGGGUGGUAACGUGUGCAGCCGUGUGGAGGAUGCCCCCGGAAUGGGAAUCAGGCAGCCACGAGUCCCCCGACGAUUCAUCAAACAACCCACAGACCCUGGAGCUCCUCUGUCACCUUGACAACACAGCCCACGGCAACAUGGCCUGUGUAUUAUGGGAGCCCAUGGGCGACGGCAGUCGUGUGAUCUCUCUGGCCGAUAACCACGCGGUGCUGUGGGACCUUCAGGAGAGCUCCACCAAAGCCACGGUCUCCAGCAGUGCCACCCUGGAGGGGAAAGGGCAGCUGAAGUUCACCUCGGGCAAGUGGAGCCCGCACCACAACUGCACCCAGCUGGCCACGGCCAACGACACGGCCAUCCGCGGCUGGGAUCUGCGGAGCAUGAGUCAGAUCUACUGUAUUGAGAAUGCCCACGGGCAGCUGGUGCGAGACCUGGACUUCAAUCCCAACAAGCAGUACUACCUGGCCAGCUGCGGGGACGACUGUAAGGUCAAGUUCUGGGACGUGCGGAAUGUCAACGAACCGGUCAAGAGCCUGGAAGAGCACUCACACUGGGUGUGGAGCGUCAGGUACAACCACUCCCACGACCAGCUGCUACUGACGGGCAGCAGCGACAGCCGGGUCAUCCUGUCCAACAUGGUGUCCAUCUCCUCCGAGCCCUUCGGCCACCUGGUGGACGACGAUGACCUCAGCGACGGCGAGGACGGCCACCAGGAGGAAAAGAGCAGGGAACCGCUACAGGACAGCAUCAUCGCCACAUACGAGGAGCACGAGGACAGCGUGUACGCGCUGGAGUGGUCAUCUGCGGACCCCUGGCUCUUCGCCUCGCUCAGCUACGACGGACGCCUGGUCAUCAACAGGGUCCCCCGGGCCCUCAAGUACCGCAUCCUGCUGUAAUGGAGAGAGAGAGAUAGAGAGAGAGAUAUAGAGGGAGAGAGGGAGAGAGGGAGAGAGAGAGAGAGAGAGAGAGUGAGAUGGGAGUAAGAGUAAAAGAUGAAGAGCAAAUGAGUUUGUUUAAG